GGAAUACAGCAGUUUCAGCAGUUCUUUAAUCAUAUCCAAUGUGUGUUUAAUUCCAGAGGCCGCAGCAGUGGCAAAGGACCACCUCAGCCUACGAUUUCCUUUGAUGGCAUCUAUGCAAACAUGAGAAUGGUUCACAUACUCACAUCAGUUGUUGGAUCCAAAUGUGAAGUACAGGUGAAAAAUGGUGGUAUAUAUGAAGGAGUUUUUAAAACCUACAGUCCUAAGUGUGAUUUAGUGGUUGAUGCUGCUCAUCGUAAAACUGCAGAAUCCAGUUUGGGGCCAAAACGGGAGGACAUCCUAGAGAGUAUCUUGUUCAAGUCUUCAGACUUUGUUAUGGUGCAUUUUAAGGAUAUGGAUACCAAUUAUGCCAGAAGAGAUGCUUUUACUGAUUCAGCCAUCAGUGCUAAAGUGAAUGGAGAGCACAAGGAAAAGGAUCUGGAGCCAUGGGAUGGAGGAGAGAACACGGCUUCCGAGGAGCUGGAGGCGCUGGAGACAGAUGUCUCUAAUGGAUGGGAUCCCAAUGACAUGUUUCGUUACAAUGAAGAAAAUUAUGGUGUAGUGUCAACUUAUGACAGCAGUUUAUCUUCUUAUACGGUGCCAUUAGAAAGAGAUAAUUCAGAAGAGUUUUUAAAACGGGAAGCCAGAGCAACUCAAUUAGCAGAGGAAAUUGAAUCAAGUGCCCAAUACAAAGCUCGGGUUGCCUUGGAAAAUGAUGAAAGGACAGAAGAAGAAAAAUAUACUGCUGUUCAGAGAAAUGCUAAUGAAAGAGAAGGACAUGGUGUGAACACUAGAGAAAAUAAAUACAUUCCACCUGGACAGAGGAACAGAGAUGUGCUGUCCUGGGGAAGUGGAAGACAAAACUCACCGAGGAUGGGCCAGUCUGGAUCAGGCCCACCAAUCUCAAGGUCUGGAUCCCACACUUCAGAAUUCAGCCCUAACUCUGGAGCAGAUCAAAGAGUGGUUAACGGAGGGCCUCCACGGAUGUCUCCAAAGGCUCAACGGCACCCUCGAGGUCACAGAGUCUCUACUGGUAGGGGUACAAUUUCAAGUGGCUUAGAAUUUGUAUCUCAUAAUGCACCUGGGGAAGCAUCUACUGCUGCAGUGGCACGAGGCAGCCCUUCAGGUGGGACGUGGUCAUCAGUUGUCAGUGGGGUUCCGAGAUUAUCCCCUAAAACACACAGGCCUAGGUCUCCAAGGCAGAGCAGCACUCCCAUGGGACCAGCUCUGCCUUCUCCUCAGCCUGGUACUAUUCCCACUGAAUCUGUUGCCAUGCCUGUUCCAGCUGCCUCUCCUACACCUGCCAGCCCUGCAUCCAACAGAGCAGUCACCCCUUCCAAUGAAGCUAAAGAUACAAGGCUUCAGGACCAGAGGCAAAAUUCUGCAACUGGAAACAAGGAGAAUAUAAAGCCAAGUGAGACUUCUCCUAGUUUUUCUAAACCUGAAAACAAAGGUGUCUCUCCAAUUGUUUCAGAGCAUAGAAAACAGAUUGAUGAUUUAAAGAAAUUUAAGAAUGACUUUAGGUUACAGUCCAGUUCCUCUUCAGAUGCAGUGGAUCAGCUGCUAAACAAAACCCGAGAAGGUGAAAAAUCAAGAGAUGUAGUUAAAGAAAAGACAGAAUCCACCCCUAAAGAAUCUAUCAUAGAAGCUGGCAGUAACACCAACUCCAAUGGUGGCAGUAGCAAACCCAACAGUCCCAGUAUUUCUCCUUCCAUGAGUAACAGCUCUGAGCAAAAGCGAGGGCCUGAGGUGACCUCCCAAGGUGUACAGACAUCUGGGCCUGGAAAUAAACAAGACAAAGAGGAUAAAGAGGAGAAGAAGGACACUUCUGAGCAAGUUAGAAAAUCAACACUUAAUCCUAAUGCUAAAGAGUUCAACCCUCGAUCUUUUGCUCAACCGAAACCUUCUACUACACCAACCUCCCCUCGUCCUCAAGCUCAGCCCAGCCCCUCCAUGGUGGGGCAUCAGCAGCCAACCCCUGUGUACACUCAGCCUGUUUGUUUUGCACCAAAUAUGAUGUACCCGGUUCCAGUGAGUCCAGGCGUGCAGCCUUUGUAUCCUAUUCCCAUGACGCCCAUGCCAGUGAACCAAGCCAAGACAUAUAGAGCAGGUAAAGUACCAAAUAUGCCCCAGCAGCGGCAAGACCAACACCACCAGAGCACCAUGAUGCAUCCUGCCUCAGCAGCAGGCCCUCCAAUUGUAGCUACUCCACCUGCUUACUCUACACAAUAUGUUGCAUAUAGCCCCCAACAGUUUCCUAAUCAGCCUCUUGUGCAGCAUGUGCCACACUACCAAUCUCAGCAUCCUCAUGUUUAUAGCCCUGUAAUACAGGGCAACGCUAGGAUGAUGGCCCCACCAGCACACGCACAGCCGGGUUUAGUAUCUUCCUCUGCAACACAGUACGGUGCGCAUGAACAGACACAUGCUAUGUAUGCUUGUCUGUUGUAGAUAUGUGACUACCUGCCAGUGCAAACAACUAAGUUGGGUCAAACUUGAGAAUUCUUUGGUAUUUCCUGCCAUGUAAUUAAAUAUUACUUUCCCAAGAGCACCUAAUUUAACAGAAAUGGCCUGUCCUCCUGUGUUCUCUCAAGUAGCUACUUGGUGACUCUUCUAAAUACUCUCCCACCUUCCAGUAAAUGAUGGAGUGCUUGAAAUUUUGUUACUGAAACCAUUCAACCCAAGAGGAUCAUGAACUCCAUGUGACAGACCUUUUUUUAAGGGUGUGUUCUUGCCCCUGUGCAGCCGUGUUCAGUGAACAUGAACUGUCUCCAAUGUACCCUUCACCUUCCAAGGUGACAGUGACACAUGGAAUGACUCCUGAUGUUCUGCAGCACCCUCUCCAUUAACAUUUUUGCAAGUCUUCCAUGUGCUGAGUGCCUGAAGACCUGGCCCAGAUGGACUGUGCUUCCUCAAAGUGUGUCCAGCUGUAACGUGUCCACUUCAGCUUCCAUUUAUCCAUGUGUGGGGAAAAGGCAGGAAUGCCGGAGGUGACCAAUCUUAUGGAGCUAAAGAACACCAUGUUGGAAUUGUUCACAUCUGACUGAGUGACUAUAAGAAAAUAUCCAUAACUUAUGCUCUGUCUUUUGGGAAUCUUAAGUUUACCCACCUUUGAACUAAAUAUACCUGUGCACUUUGAUUCUGGUCCUCUCUUAAAAAAAAAAUCAUUUGAAAGUACAGAAUAACAACUUCCUGAGAAACAACCACCGCUGCUGCUGCUGCUUUUGAUUUUGCUCAAACUAUUUCCCUUUUGGCUCUUUAAAAUUGCUAUUUGAUUUUUAAAAAAUUUAUUAUUACUUAUUUUUAGCACUGAUAUCAGGACUCAGUGGGGCCCUUUUACCCUUCAAGGUACUGGUGGUUGCUUUGAGUUAUUCCUGCAGAAUUCACGCAGUUUUUCUCCUGCGUAUGUGGUAGAGAGAAGAUGUCUGCAAGAACUUCUGUGCUGAGACCUGGGGGUUGGGGGGGAAACUGCUUAUCAGCUAUUCCUAAGGUGUGAAAUGUUUUCUGGUAAGGUCUGAAACUCCCAUCUUCACUAAUGGUUUGGGACGAGUUGAAAUUCUGUGGCGAACAGUAACAGCCUGGCAGCCAAGAGAAAAUUCCUGUUGUGUUAAGGGACCCACCCUCACUGCCAAAAGUUUGGGGGUUGUUUUCCUUCCUGUCUUGUGAAGAGAUAGCUGAAUUCAAAAUACAUACAGUGACCUACACUUGGUGAUAAGCACUCUUCCAUUUUAAAGGAAAGUACUUUUGCCUAAUGCUGUUUAAUGGGAUAUUCCUGCACCUCUGGGAUUUCCUUGCCAGUUCACAGUGUCACAACCCCGCUGUUGCCAAGAAAGAGAAGCAGAGCUGCGUGGUCCCAGUAACCCCAGCUAAAGACAGGACAGAGGAGUGUUCAGAUCACUGGGGUUUUCCCCUCAAAAUGGGGAAGGACAAUGUCCAAACAACUUUCUUCCCAUUCAGACGAUAACAACGUCUGUGACGCUUCAGCCGCGGAGCCAUCCCUGUCCAGGAGAGUUUGAAAUGUGACACCUUUACCUGCCACACAGCCGACCUGGAGGUGUCGUCCUUCCCCUGCUCAGCUGCACCUUGGGUUCAGAAGGUUCUGUGUCUGUCUGGCAGCUGCUGGCUCGGGGUGGCCUCCCAGUCCCUGUCCUUGGGCUGCUGGAGUUUGCUGGCCACGGUCCCAGUUUGGCUCCUGUGUCACACAAAGCCCAGGCCAGGCUUCUGCUGCUGGUAGAAAAUUUGGUUUCCGAGGGUGGAUCUGUCCAUUCCCGUGACAGUGAACUUGUGUUAGUUUUCCAUGUGGCUGAAUUGUUUCCAGAUAAUUUGGAGUCCUCUGAAUAACUUAACUUUUGUGUUUAAGAACUUGUGUAAAACCAGACCUUGGUUUUACACAGAUGCAUUUCCUGGUUUUUGUGCUCUCAUUCCUGUCCCCGCUCUCCCUUCCCCUUUUCCCUUCUGCACAUGUUUUACUGGUCUGGUGUUGUCUCUAACUUUAUCUGAUUUCUGUCUCAGCAGUAGAGUAAAUUCUAUUCCCCUGAUAGUACAAUGGUGGAUAUAAUAUAAACUUCAGAGGAUUCUCCAGGGACUAAGAGUGAACCAGUCACCAAAGUUGUCUUGGAACUGUUCAGAAUGGCAGUGCUAUAGCUGAAAAAGCAAGGGCCAGUUUCUGCUCUAGUGUAAUUGCAUUUUAACCUUCUUGUUACAGUGGACAGUAAUAGACUGUGAAUUGACAUAAAGUUUCUUUUUGUGUUAAUUAAGAACUGCAGACCUCAGUGUCACAGUUAAGAAGGAAAGCUUACUCGAGACUUGUGUUUCAUCUCCACUCAUUUGUAAAACGAAAUAUCUAGCUCUAAUAGCAGCUAAGUAAAUAAAAAUAUCUGCAUGGUU